UAUUAUUAUUAUUAUUAUAAUAUUUUGCUUGUAGCAUGCUGAAUCAACUGUUUACCUGUUAGUAGGAAAGAGCUAAAAUAAAACAUUUUCUUGUUAGGUUAAUAGCACAUGAGGAGCUCUACGACAGGGAGGAAAGUAGGGCAGCUUGUUUUGGAACUUGUGCUGGAGAACAAAUAAGAACCCCCAAUGUACACAUUUGGUUACCAUAUGUCACACUUAUCAUAAAAAGGCAUCUCAGUGCUAUUUCUUUUCAGGAAUGCUUGAACUCCACAGAGCAGACUCCCCUGUCGAGGAGAGUACAUGCCAGAGGUGCUGGGGUUGCCAUUGGUGAAAUGAGCUUUUGUGCCUGUUGAGGCAGCUCCGGUGGGCAGCAAGAGUUCAUUCCUUCCAGUGCUUCCCUCUGUGGAUGUGAUUGACGUUGGCAUCUGGAUUGCUGCAACUGAAGAAGGAAAGCAAAGGAGCCUAAUUUUGCUGAGAGAAUUUUCCUGGCAGGGGAAGGUGGACAGUGCAGAGAGAUGUGCCAGCCAAGAGCCUGGAAGUGCAAGUCCAGGUGCUAGGGCAAGUUUCACCCAAGCCAUGCUGCGGUGAAUCCUUUCUCUCCAGCAGCAGCUUGCUCAGCACCAGGGUGGCUGUGAGGGGCUGCCCAUGGCACUCAGGCAGCCUCAGCUGGAUUAGUGCUUGCUCUGACUUUGCUUAAACCAUCUGAAGAACUGAAGAAGAUUGUAAGGAAGAUGUUGGACUUGAGCUUCCUGACUGAAGAGGAGUAUGAAAAGCUGAUGAAGGUUCUGCAGAGAGAUGCAGAGCUGAAGAAGAAGGAUGGAGAUCGCAUCAGAUAAAGAAUAAAUCAGCUGCUGUUUUAAUGCUGGUUUGGCUCUUGUGCUUGCAGAGAAUAAUCUUUGGAUCCUUGUAGUGUCAGACAGGCAGAUACAAGGCUCCAUCAAGGAUGAAAAGAAGAAGAAGUUUGUGACGGGUGAAUGGUUUUCAGAAGUGAAGGCAAAACGGUUUCAGGAAGACUUGGAGGGGCCGGAUCUACUUUGGGCAUCAAUUAGAAGGAAAAAGGGCAAACUAGAAAAUGAGGCCAGCAAGCACAUCCAGAUGGGUCUGGAAAGCAAAGCUGCCCCAAGUCCUGUGUUUCCUGAGGAUGUUCUUGAUGCAGGAGAGGGAAGAUCCAGCACACCUACUCUUGUCACCACAGAGCAGGAAAUUUUGCCAGGACUUCCUGUCCAGUUGUCUGCAUCAUACAAGAGAUCCAGCAUCCAUGAUGUUUUUUCCUCAGAGAGUGACACUGGAACAAGUCCAUUUGUGACUGCAACAAACAGCUUUCAUUUGUCUAGAAAAGGUCAUGGAGUAUCUCCAUUAUUCGCCAAGCUUUCAGAGGAUGCUGUGCCUCAGCCCAGUACUGCAGCUGGAGGAGAAGCUGUUGAUGGGGCCACUGGCACUACAGAGGGGCAAAAAACUCCACCCAAAGAAACUUAUGCUCCCAGCAAAAUACCAGUUACAAAGAAACCAAGCAGAAGCUUCCCCAGACCUCUGCCCGCAGAAGGGGAAAGCAGCUGGGCUGGUAAGCGAGGCAUGAACUACACAAUCUCGUCGAUGAGUAACAGAGAGGAGGAUAUCGGCCUUGACCAUGAACACUUCAAGAACUUGAAGAACUUUUGGGAGAAGGGAGCAGACUCAGUGGCAGUGGGGAGCAUGGCAGCAGAGCCAGUCUGGGCAGAGGCAGACAGUUGGGAGUUCAAGCUGUGCCACUUCCUCUCUGUGCAGUCUGGGAAAGGCCAGGAUGCUGAUGAAAAAUAUGGCGCCUUCAUCAAAUCAAGGACCCCCUACAAAAGGACAAUCACGUUGUCUUCUAGUGAGGAGGGGCCAAGCUAUGCCACUUCUGCAAGGAAGGGCUCAGUUUCCAUCACUCCCAGAUCCACUUAUGCCAAGAGCAAAGGCAGCCUGGUUAAAAGAAAUGGCUUUCUGAGUGAAAGCAAUGGGAACCUGCUGAUGCCAGAGGAAGAGAAGAUGGUGCAGCACUGCUUCAAGAAAUCCAGACUGCCUGUGCGAGCACUUUCCACCCAACUCGAGUCACCUACCAAGGAUGUGUCUGGGAGCACACUGGCGCCAGGGGCGGCUGCGGAGGAGCUGGUUGCGGCAGAAGUGCACAAGCCCACAGUGAAGUCUCUGGCGAGCAAGGUGCAGAUACUGAUUGAGCCUGUGCUCACAGAUGGUGGAAGCGAUGAUGAGAAAGAAGAAAGAUCUGAUUUGGGUGAACCAUCUGGAGAGAGAGAAGCUGUUCAGGGAACAGACUCAGCUGUUUACUCAGAGAAAGACUGGGAUCAUUCUCCUGCUGCUCAGGCACUGGCCCGAGCAAAUAGCAUUAAUCUUGCAAAGAGCAUGAUGAACAUUUACACAACCACAGAAACAUACAAUAAACCUUAUUUGAUACCACAUCAAUUUCUUGAACCUGAAAGAGUCAAAGAACUGAGCACAUCCUCUCCUCUCCUGUUGUCUGAGACUGAAUCAGACACGGCUUCAGAGAUCAGCUUCCAGUUUAACAGGCACAAAAAGACACCCAGCAUUGGCAGCCACUCAUCCGACAUGGCUUCUGUCUCCUCGGUGAGUGGCAGUGUACUCAGUGUCUACAGCGGUGAUUUUGGGAGUGUGGAUGCCCAAGGAACCGUGGAAUUUGCUCUAGACUAUGAUGAGAAGAACCGGGAGUUCCAGGUCCAUGUGUCCCAGUGCAAGGACUUGGCUGUAGUGGAUGAGAAAAAAGGCAGAUCCGACCCGUAUGUUAAAACCUACCUGCUCCCAGACAAAGCUAGGAUGGGUAAGAGGAAAACAUCAGUGAAGAAGAGGACAGUGAACCCCAUUUACAAUGAGGUCUUACGGUACAAAAUAGAGAAAAUGGUAUUGCUGAUACAAAAAUUAAAUCUCUCUGUUUGGCACAAUGAUCCAUUGGGACGUAACAGUUUUUUGGGAGAGAUUGAAAUAGACUUGGCCAGCUGGGACUGGAGCAACAGGAAGCUCAACUGGUACCUGCUGAAGCCCCGGAGCCUUUCUGUUGUUAAUGGUGUGGAUCAUCGAGGAGUGAUGAGUUUAUCCAUUAAGUAUGUCCCCCCUGGAAGCCUAGGGCCCAAGAAUCCUCCCUCUGGUGAAGUUCACAUUUGGGUCAAAGACGUCAAGGACCUGCUGCAGUUGCGUCCAUCAGGAGUUGACUCCUUUGUGAAGUGCUAUGUGCUUCCAGACACCAGUAAGAAGAGCUACCAAAAGACCCGAGUCAUAAAGAGAGACACAAACCCUGUUUUCAAUCACACCAUUGUGUAUGAUGGCUUUCAUACAGAGGAUCUGAAGGAUGCCUGUGUUGAACUCACUGUGUGGGAUCAUGAAAAGCUUACCAACCAUUUCCUUGGAGGAAUCAGGCUAGGCCUUGGGACAGGUUUGAGCUAUGGCAUCUCUGUGGACUGGAUGGACUCCACACAGGAGGAGGUGGCCUUUUGGCAGGAGAUGAUGUUGGCUGCCAAUGAAUGGAUCGAAGGAUUGCUGCCAUUGCGCUCACUGGCAGGGAGGAAAAAUCUGAAAUAACCCAUUGUUGGUGCCAUAGAAAUGCCCAGUGUGUUCAUUAGAAUUAAGAAACUUCCUGCAGUAGGGAGAAAGAGACCAUCCACAGGGCUGUGUCAGGGUAAUGAGGCAAUGAAUGGGCAUCACCUUGGAGAUGUUAAGUACUAAUCCACUCACGGAGAACAUGGAAGAUGCCAAACUGAUGCUGAUUUUUCAAACAUGAUUUUGACCAAGAAAAAAUUUAAUUUACCUUUUUGUUUAAUCAUUUAUGUAUUCAGUAUAUUUGAAUUCCAUUAAGCUCUGGGAACAUUGGCAGAAGGAAAAGGAGAUAUGAAUACUUUUUCUUUUGCUGUUUCAUGUGCCAUUUUUCUUCUGUACAGAGAUGUAGUUAUACUGAAGCAGUAGCAUGGUAUUAUUCAUACUCCUUGCAAGGGAUACACUUUGUACUUGGUGUACAAUUGCUCAAAGUCACCAGCAUAGUUUCAGAAUGGGAGCUUUGCAUUUGUCAUCCUCUUUAAUGUGAGGAAAAUUGAAUUCCAAGGUGCAUCUAAAGGAAGAGAGGACUAAUUGCAGCAGAAAAUAAAGAAAUCUGAGGAGGAUGACUGUGGAGUGCCCCCGCCCAAAGAGGCGGGGAUUUUAUUUUAGGCAAUGUUAAAGUGAGAGGCGUGGCUUUAAGUCCCAAGAAGACUGGAUUCUACCCCUCUGCCUUGGGGGAUGUGCCCAAUAAGCCCGGGAAAAGUUGUUCCACCACAAAAUCCCUUGUGGGGUGCCAGCCCAAGGUGUUCUGCCCUUCUCGUGUCAUGAUUCGUUGUAUCCUGCUGCAUUAACCCCUCCUAUUGUACCCCUAUUGAUUUGUGUCCCUGGGGCUUCUCCUUUGCUGUGUCCCUGUUAGACCCAGACCCUAAACCCCACCCUGGCUCGACCCCAUAAAACCCAUUACCUUGCCUCUGUUCAGGGUUCUCCAUGUCUGGAUUAUGCUGGGUUAAUUCCUAUGUUGGUAACGCACUAAUAAAUUGAUUCCCGAGUUUAACUAAGUGGAGCCCCAUCGGUGGCUACACCUCCCUGGAUGUGAUACUGUUGCAACACGUGAUGCAACAGAUGACAGUGAGGCAUUUGAAAUUUAUUUCUGCUUUAAUCUGAAAGACUGCAGGGAUGCUCUUAGAGAUAGUGGAACUUUGCAAGCAGGGGCUGUUUUCCUGACUUUCCCACAGGCUUCCUCAGUGACCUCGGGCAAGCUUGUUUGUGAAAGGAGAGUUUGAAUACAAUAUAAACUAAAUUUAGAAUUCUACAUUAGUUUGCCCAAAUGUAGAAUAUGGUUACACUGCUAAUGGAACUAAUCACACUUUCGCAAUGCCUUGUUUGCAAAACAUUUCAACAUGAACUAAUGAGAUAGGAGACAGUCUCAUGUUAGCCUGGCAUCAGGGGUCAGGGAUGAAAGGUCAAAACCACACUAGAAUGCAGGAGAUACUGGGAGCUGGUGGGAGAGGUAAGUAGGAAGUGAAUGAAUGUGAAGGGAGUGCAAAGCUAGUUUCUUGAGGAUCUCCUGCCUCUGCUUCCCCUGCUGGCCCCCUGGUCUUCCUUUCACCUGAUGCUUCGUAGCGAGUGUCUGCAGCUGGAAUUUCCCUUUUGCCAGUAGCUUGCAAAAAAACUUUGCAUCUGACACAUUAACCAUAGUGGAGUGGUGUUGUGAAUACAUUUUGAAUUGCAGCUUUGUAAUUUCUAUUUUGGAUGUACAUAUUGUGAUUAAAUAGCAUGUUUUUCUUUAGUCAUCAGUUGGUUAUCUUCUACCUAUUUCCAUCACGUUCUAAAUAACAAAAAAGCAAGCAAAAGAGGUGUUAAAUUUUGUUGUGUCAAAAUGAAGCAUUUUUGCCAAAGGGUAAGGGAAAUGUCAUUAAGAAAUAAUUUUUAUAACUAUGUGACUUUAUAUUUUGGCUCUCUGAUCAUUUUGAUAUUCUUCUUCAGUGGAUUGAUUUUAUUUAACUCAAGCCUACUGUGAAUUUUCAGCAUAGCAAACAUGGUUGUAAAUAAAUUAAUGGGAAAAUGUACAGUUUCCUUUAACAAGUAACAAGACUUUUUCUUUAAAUGGAAACAUUUGGGAGAUAAUCAGCAGCUUUCAUGAGAAAAAAUAAAGAAUUAAAGUGGUUUUGCAGUUGGAAAAAGACAGUACUUGGAAAUGCACUGAACACAGUAAUAAAAGCACUAGGAGAGAGUCCAUAGAGCAACGGAAUUAAGUAAUGACUGUCUAAUGAAGGAGCUGAUACAUCUGUAAUGUCAGUCCGAAAAUACUUUGUAGGGGGUCCAGCCUGACAUGUUUUAAAUAUUUGGUCAUUUAUUACCUUUGUGGGAUAAAAUAACACUAAUGGGCCUAACUUGAGAGUUUUAAAAAAUAUUAUCUUUACAUUAGGUGCUGAACAUGUGAAUAUUUAUACAUAUAUAUAACUUACCUACUGCGAGGAGCCCUGGUGGCAGGGGUGGGUGGUGCCUUGUUGCAGUGAAGUUACCCAUGGAACUGCUGCUUUCCUCCUGGGUCCUUCCCUGUCCACAGGGAUAAGGAUAUUCCUGCAGGCAGACUUUCUGCUGUGGCUGGAAAAGUGUUUGGUAAUGCCCAGGGCUCUGUCUCAGGUCCAGGUCUCUUCCUGGUGGGUUCAGCUGAUUUCUCUCGAUCAUGAAAGCAGAAUUAACCCACCUCCUCCUCCUCAUGCACCAUUAGUGCAUGGCAAUGUUGCCAAAAGUGCUGUUUGCAUCAAUGGAGCUGGAAAUGGUUGUGUUGGUGUUUCAAAAAAAAUAACAUAUUUUUCAUUGGUGGUGCCAGUAAGGGGAGAAAAAGGGGGUCAGUGGGCCAGUCAUCCCAGCAGAGUCACUUUUAUGAACUUGGCAUGAGACCUUGUGAGACUGUUUUUGUAUUCAGAUUCCAUUGAGGAUUUUUUGUUAAUCUUCUGCUGGCUUGUUUAUUUAAAUUAAGCCCUGAUUAACUUAAGAAGCUUUCUUUGGCAUUUAAUAGUUUAUCAAAGUAAAAGAUUACUCUGCCAAACCCCACACAUUUCUGUCACACAGCUGAUUCUGAGGCAGUAUGCAGCGGCGACGGAAAGGCCGGAGCGCCGCGACUUCUCUAGAGAAGCAGCCCUGAAAAGGUCUGGGCCGAAGACCGUGUGUGCGACUUUGGGCAGGCGAGUGAUUGCAGCUCGGCUCAGCAGCGGCAGGCAGGCAACACGGGAAGAAGGGACGAGAAAGCUGGUCUAGCGUUCCACCGAGUGCAAUCCUUUACUCAGCCACAGCUUUGGCGAAGGGAGCCAGCAACAAUCUCCUGAACAGGGGAAAACCCGGGAUAUUUAUAGGGGAGGAGAGGGGCGGAGGGAGCCCGAGAUACAUGUAUUGGGGUGGGACGGCAGGGGGGAACACCAACGAAGCCCAACAGUUUAACAUAACUAACUCAAAGAUCCCUGGGAGUGAGACAUUUUCUCUCUCUUAUAGCGAAGUAUCUUGUCUCCAGGGGAGAGCCAGGAUCGCGGACUCAGUGGGCUCCUCCGCACCCACAGCAGUAAAAUUUGCUAUGCUCUGUGUUUCACUUACUGCACAGAAAGCACUUUAUCAUAAAAUUAUUUAAGAUACAUUUCUUGCCAGUGUCCUGUGCAGAAGCAGAGUAUUUUGUGGGUAUAAGGUUAAUGGCCUGUUUGCAUGUAGUUUAUGAUGCUGACAUUUGUUAUCUGUGAAUGCUGAAUCUAACAGAGACUCUGGCCUGUGAGUGUGUGCUGAUGGCAACAGGAGUGGGGUUGUAACUGGUGAAAAAAAAAAAGAAAAAACAAAUGGAAAGUUUUCUGACUGUAUUUACUAGUUCUUUGUUUGUAGAAUGGGUCAAGCAAAGCUACAUGAAAAGGUGAGACUUUGUGCUGCCAGUGAAUGUGGUUUGUGUGUCUCGAUUCCCUGCACACAAAGGUACUGGUGCCAGCGCUGCAGUGGGAGCUGGCUGUGACCCCUGGGCUCUUGCUGGACACAGGAGUGACCCCAGGGACUUACUGGGCCCAGGGAAAGCUGGCUGACAGCCUGGAACCCUCAGGCAUCAUCCUUUUAAUAUCAAACACAAACGUCAUCACCUACACUAGAGCUGGCAGCUGCUUUCCAUGAGGCUUCUGCAUUUGUGAGUCAAUGUACUUUCUUCCAGGUUAUGCCUGAUUUAUAUAACUUUUUCUUGGAAAUCUUUCAGGGUUAAAAAAAAAAGGAGAAAAAGCAAAAUUCUAGAAAGCAUUUCUGCUUCAUCAAGCAAAUAUAAUGUAUGGCCUAUGGCCAUUCAAAAUUACUCAUAUUAAGGGUAUCAGAAACUGUUGAAAAUAGUUUGGAAGCUAACUAAAGAAUAGAAAGAAAGAAUUAUUGAAUCUUGAAUGAGUGUUUCAGCAGAGAUGGAAAGAAGUGGCUGAAUUAAUUAUCCAUUACUAAAUAUUUGCCUAGCUUUAUCCUUCACCAAGACAGGGAAAAAACUGAAGUACUGUAGAGAUUUGGAGAAAAAAAUAUGCUGGCUAAAUAAACCUUCAUAAUAAUGUGAUGUGUUGAAAUUAAAAAAUGCUGCAUUUUUGCAGGCUUGUUAAGUCAAAAAUGUAUCAAAUAGACUGGUGUAUCAAAAGCUGAAUAAAUGCAUUUCUGAUCCUGAUAACUAA